AUGGCGAGCCGUCCGCUCAACGACGAUGAGGUCCUCAGCGAAAUGAACAAGAUGGUUGCGUUCAUCAAGCAGGAGGCGCUCGAGAAGGCCCGGGAGAUCAAGGUCAAGGCGGACGAGGAGUUCGCGAUUGAGAAGGCCAAGCUCGUCAAGUCGGAGCAGCAGGCGAUCGACGCGCUCUAUGACAAGAAGCGCAAGGGUGCCGAGGUCGCGCAGAAGAUUGCCCAGUCGACGCGCACGAACAAGUCCCGGCUGAAGCUCCUCCAGCAACGCGAGGAGCACCUCCAGGACCUCUUCUCGACCGCGCGUGCCGCCGUCGAAGCUCUCUCCACGGACGAGGCCCGCUACGUCCAGUUCCUCGAGGGCGUCGUCGUCCAGGGCUUCCUCAACAUCCUCGAGCCCGACGUCACCGUGCACGCGCGCGAGAUGGACGUCGCGCUCGUCCAGCGUGCGUCCGAUGGGGCUGCAACGCAGUAUAAGGAGAUCAGCGGCCGUACUGUCUCCGUGACCGUGGUCGGCUCGCUCAGCGACGACAUUGCCGGUGGCGUCAAGCUCGUCAGCGGCACCAUGCGCAUUACGCUCGACAACACGCUCGACGAACGGCUACGCUUGCUCGAGGACCGGAUGCUGCCCGAGAUCCGCGCGGACGUCUUCGGGGCCAACCCGAACCGCAAGUUCUAUACAUGA